AUGAAAUCAUCAAUCUGGAGCAAGGCAUUCACUGUAUUUGCACUUGCUCACGCAAGGUUCGCAAGCGCCAAAGACAAUGAGAUGCCCAUUCUUACCCUCAACGACGACGAGAACUUCAACUUUGACAUUCUCACUGGUCUGGGACAAAUGGUCAACGACGGUGCAGACGUCAACCCCGUGCUCGAGGUUGCAAAGAAGAUCAAGCCCGGCGACCGUGACAGCUACACCAAGGCUUGGUUCGAUCUUGCAAACGAGACCAAGGCCAAGGCGUUGGACCCCGAAUAUGCCUCCAACCUGGUCAACGUUAGGGCUACUUGGUUCUCUGCUUCCAACUACUUUCGCCGGGCAGACGUUUACAACAGGGCCGACUGGGACGACCCGCGCAUCAACGAUUACUGGGAUGAGCAGCGGGCAGCUUUCGAUAAAGCUAUAGCUGCCUUGCCUGUCCCGGCUGAGCGCGUGGAAAUUCCUAGCGAUGGUUUCAAUGUCUCGGGUAUAUGGUAUUCUCAACUAUCCGAGAGCAAUCACACUGAACGCCGCCCAACUAUCGUCCUUACCCAAGGUUAUGAUGCUGCCCAGGAGGACUUGUAUUCUACCAUCGUUGCCCCGGCUCUGGCCCGUGGAUACAACGUCUUCUCGUUCGAAGGCCCCGGUCAGCCGACCCCACGGAGAGAACAGGGCGUUGGUUUCAUACCUGACUGGGAACGCACUGUCACACCCGUCGUCGACUACCUCCUUUCAGAAAAAGCCGCAUUCAUUGAUCCCAAGCGACUCGUCCUAUAUGGCCACUCUUUCGGUGGUUAUCUCGCCGCUCGAGCCGCUGCUUUUGAACCCCGGUUGUCUGCACUCAUGCUUAAUGGUGGGGUCUGGGACGCAUAUCAGGCUUACACUGCAUAUCUGCCGUCUAACCUCUUCGAGGUUCUCGAGUCUGGUGAUAGGGCGGGUUUCGACAAGGCAAUGGAUGAAUUGCAGAGUGAUCCGGAAACAUCCACGGUUAUCAAGUGGGGCCUUCAGCAGGGUUUGUGGGCUUUCAAGAUGAAGUCACCUUACGAUUUCUUCCAAUCAUUCAAGAACUACACGCUGAAGGGCGGCAUCUCGGAUCGUAUCAAGAUGCCAGUUUGGCUCGCUGAUGGAGAGUUCGAAGAUCUCAUGGCGGGUCAGUCACAGCUCGUCAAGGACGCUUUGGGCGAAAAGGCGGAGCUGCAUAUGUUCAAUGGAACGGCCGGGUUUCACUGCCAGACUGGUGCUCCGCAGGAGUUUGGAAGGGUCAUGUUUGCGUGGCUGGGCAAGACUUUGGACAAGUGA